UCCCACUGUAUGGACAUUCCCUCCUUCCUCCCACGGGGAAGCUUGUCACGUCUUACUCUGUGUUUUCCCCGUGUUAGUGACUGGAAGCUGCUGCUGUGAACACGUCCAAGAAAAGGACUCCUUACAGAUUAACUGGCAGCAAAGUGAUUUAAAGCUGAAUACAAGAGACAAGCCUCCAGAAGCCUGACUAGAACAAGCAGGUUUAUUCAGCUUUGACACAACAAGCCAUGGAUUAUAUGGCAGCUAGUACAUCCAUCACUGAUGUGGACAUGGAAUUUGACAAGAAUGUGCCUCAAAUAUGUGGAGUUUGUGGGGAUAAAGCUACUGGAUUCCACUUUAAUGCCAUGACAUGCGAGGGCUGCAAAGGAUUCUUUAGGAGAAGUAUGAAAAGGAAGGCUGUUUUCACUUGUCCGUUUAAUGGAGACUGCAGAAUAACCAAAGAUAACAGACGACAUUGUCAGUCCUGUCGACUUAAGCGAUGUGUUGAUAUUGGGAUGAUGAAAGAGUUUAUCCUAACAGAUGAAGAGGUUCAGAGGAAAAGAGAGAUGAUACUGAAACGGAAAGAAGAGGAAGCAUUGAAAGAGUCUCAAAGACCUAAAAUAACAGAGGAGCAGCAAAAAAUUAUUGAUAUUAUUUUGGAUGCUCAUCGAAAAACCUUUGACCCAACCUAUGCAGAUUUUAGCCAGUUCAGGCCUCCAGUUAGAGAAAAUAUAGGUAGAAGAACAACUAGAUCGUCAUCUAUUCAGACACAAAGCUAUUCUUCAGACUCAGAUGCUUAUAAUACUUCACCAGAUCCAUCUGAGCACAGUUUUUUCACCAAUUCCCUGUUUAGUGAUUACGGGAGUGACACUUCCCCAUUGGCUGGCGGCUCAUCUGAUCUUUCUAUGCUCCCUCACGUUGCAGAUCUUGUUAGUUAUAGCAUACAGAAGGUUAUUGCAUUUGCAAAACUGAUACCUGGAUUCAGGGAUCUCACUGCAGAAGAUCAGAUUGCCUUGUUAAAGUCCUCUGUUAUUGAAGUCAUAAUGCUAAGAUCUAACCAGUCAUUUUCCAUGGAAGAUAUGUCCUGGACUUGUGGUAGUGAGGACUUCAAGUACAAGGUUGACGAUGUAACUCAAGCUGGCCAUAAUAUGGAGCUGUUGGAGCCUCUUGUCAAAUUCCAGAUUGGCUUAAAAAAACUAAACCUCCAUGAAGAAGAACAUGUUCUUUUGAUGGCCAUUUGCAUUCUUUCAUCAGACCGUCCAGGUGUGCAAGACACAGCCCUUGUUGAAGCAAUUCAGGAUCGUCUCUCCUCUACUCUCCAGACCUACAUUCUUUGUAAGCAUCCACCACCUGGAAGUCGGCUAUUGUAUCCUAAAAUGAUUCAGAAGCUGGCGGAUCUUCGUAGCUUAAAUGAAGAACAUUCCAAGCAAUACCGUUUUCUUUCCUUUCAGCCAGAACACAGCAUGCAGCUCACACCACUUGUUCUGGAAGUGUUCGGCAAUGAAAUUUCUUGAACUCUAUUUUGACUUUUACUUGAUUGGAAUUGUGAGUAAUGGGAGGAUUCCAAGAUUAGUGUAAUUACUAAAAGUUGGGUUAAGAUAUCUUCUUAUUUUUCUGCUGUGGGAAAAGCCUUGUGAGUCUUUCCAAUCACAAGAAUUUUUGAAAAGAGCUCGAUAAAAUGCAUACUAUUUAAGCAGACUCAUCUCAACAUGCUAGCCAGUCCAGACUGUAUAAUUUACAGCUACAAUAGAGUACAGUAUUUUUCUGUGUUUUUUUAGAUGUUUUGUACAUUUAAAUUUAGAAAGCUUUGCCUUGAUGUGUGCCUUUGAAACAGAAAAUGUAAAUUCUCAAAAAUUGUCUGACCGGACUUGGUCACAGCAAAAGCCAUUCUUCAUGAGACUAGUAGCUAUAAAUGCUUUAACUCAUGUGCCAAUUCCCUAACGGGAUUUUAGAUUAACCUUAUACCUCGCUUAAAACACACCGAAUGUAAAUGUCUAAAAAGCUAAGUUUAACCAAAGUUUAUAUGCACAUUAAACUUAACAAAGUGCACUUGUUAGUAAAGAAUGAUAGAACUCUAUUUUGCUUAAGCGAUAACAAAAUGCUAGAAAAUUAUAUUUUUCUAUGAAAAAUGAGGGAUAUAAGUAUGAAACUUUGCAAUGUGAAGGCGGGUUAAAUAUGUCCAUCUUAUAAACCGGAUCCCCAGUGUUUCACAUGAGAAAUUUGUGAACUGGACCCCAGAGCUGUAGCCCCUUCCUCCUGCGUUUCUUUUCAGUGUAAGCACCUCCCAUAAAUUGACAAAUCUCCACACCUUUUUUGGGUAAACUCUCCCAUACCCUUACUGCACAUCUGAAAACUGUCCAAUCCCUGCUUUAGGCUUGUUAAAACUGUUCCCUAGGACCACAUAUAUAAGGUCCUCACUAACUGUUGUGUGGUAUGUUAUUAUUUAAACCAUAUAAUUAUUAUUUAAACCAUAUAAAAUGUGAUAGAGACAGAAUAAAUUAAAUUAUUAUUAAUAAAAACAAUUAUUAUGUUGCAAAAGUA